AUGCCUAGAGGAGACAUACAAUAUUCAACAAAAUAUGAAGACAAUAUGUAUAUUUACAGGCACGUAAUCUUACCAGACGACAUGGCCAAACACGUACCUAAGACUCAUUUAAUGACUGAAACUGAGUGGCGAAAUCUUGGCAUUCAAAUGACAUCUGGCUGGAUGCAUUACAUGAGAUAUGACCCAGAGCCUCAUAUAGUGCCAUUCAGAAGACUUAAAAAUACAAAUGAUUCUCAAACAACGCAAUAA